UAAUGAUAAAUAAUGAUGAUAAACCUGAGUUGAUAACACAAGAUGAUACAGAAGAUGAUACAGAAGAAUUAGAUGAAAUAAUGGUUGAAAAAAAUGAUAUUGCUAUCGAAGAACAUGACGAUAUGUUAAUUGAUGGUAAUAUGACGUAUAACAAAUUGAUGACUAAUGGAAUUAUUUCUGAUUUGGAUGGCCAAAAAGGAAAAUGUGUAGAGAAAGCUCCUGCCAUUGAUCAAAAGCAAAGAAAACACAAUUAUCAUGUUAGUUGGGGUGAAAACGUGACGUUAUUGGUUUAA